AUUCCUCACAUAUCACCAAUUUUUUGAGCAUUAAUUAUAGUUAUAACUUUUUCAAUAAUUUUGAUUCUUUUAUCAAUAAUUUAUUUUAGUAAUUCCCCUAGAACACCUGACUCUUCAAAAAUUACAAAGAGUAGUGUUAGAUUUAACUGAAUAUGAUAA